ACGACAGACUGAUCGGUUGAAAUUCCUUCUGACACGAAAUAGACAAAACUAUUUACAAAAGCUUCAGAGUUUAACUACUACAGAAGAGCCAGAAAUUUAUGAGGUUUCAACGGAAUUUAAUGAAGUUAAACCCCGGAGUUCCCUUCUAGAUAAAGCAAGAGCAAGGUAUGAAGAUAGACUGGAGCAAUUACGAGAAGCAAGAAGAGAAUAUAACUCCAGAAAUGCUCCAAGCAGCAGCAGCAGCGGUAGUAGUAGUAGCAGUAGUAGACACUCUCAAUCGUUUUCAUCAAACAAUUUUAAAACAAGAGAGAAGAGCCCUGGAAGUAGAAGCUUCAAUCGGCAAUCAAACAGAAAUCAAAAUUAUUUCAACAGUCCUAAAGAAAAUGCUUAUGAUGAAUGUCAGGCACUCAGAACUGAAAAUGAACUUCUAAAAGAAAUGUUACAAAGAAAGGAAGAGGAGGAAGAAAGAAGAUUUAAUCAAAGAUUGUUCAGUAAGCAGUCAGGUAAAGGUUUGAAUGGUUUGAAUGGUUUGCUCAGUCUUGUCGAACAACAAAGUAAGGAGGAUAGGACUGAUCUAGAUGCUGUACAAAAAUUACAGAUUGAAAGCAGCAAACAUGACUUCCCUUUCAAUUUUCUGAAAGAAAAUUUAUUCCCAAGCAACAUUAAGACUCCCGAACCAGUUAGUGUUCUGCCACAAAUACCUCUGAUUACAACAACAAUUAUACAAACAAAAAGUUUUGACGCUACUAUAACUGAACUUGUGACCCGAGAACUUGAUGUGCUGCUACACGGACGAACUCUUACAACCUUCUUCACUGAUACUCAAACAAAGAUAAUUCCUACUUCUAGCACCUAUAUACAAACCAUAGAGAUAACUCCUACUCCUGCCUGGAGUCCUCAAUAUUCUACUCCCACUCCACAGUACUCCAAUCUUCCAUUUUUAAGUCCCACUACACGCACUCAAACCAAGCAAAGUGAAAAGGCAAACCUGGAGGAACUGGACAGUUUUCAAUCUCUACAGGAGAUACUUCUUAAAAUUAAAGAGCGUGCGCUGAGUGCCGUAACUGCUUCAUUCAUUGAGGCAAAGACGACUGACUUUACUCUUGAACCUACUCCAGUUUUGCAAGCUGCCAUAUUACCAGAACAAUCUUCAUCUCUUUCCUCAGUGGUAUUCGCAGAAGCUUUUCCCUCUUUAAUGUCUUCCAUAGCACCUGUAUUCAUGUCGAGCUCAUCGAGUACAUCAAUCUUACCAUCAGUUUCAAUUUCAUCUUCAGUAUCAGAGGUUUCAUCAAACGAACCAGAAGUAUCAAGCUCCAUCCAACCAGGAGCAUCAGCAUCAACUGCAUCAUUAGUAUCAGAUGCUUCAUCACAGCUUCCUGAAUCAGUACUAUCAAACUCCAUCCAAUCAGAAGCAUCAAUUUCAGUUAUAAUUCCAAUCUCUCCUACAUCAUUAUCAUCAUCAAUAGUUCAGAAUUCUUUAUCAUCAACAUCUUCGACAUCUACCUCAUCAAUAAUAUUGCCUGUAUUACAAUCAGCAUCAACAUCUGUCACAAAAUCAUUUUCUAAAUCUGUAUCUACAUCUUUCUCUCGUUCAUCUUCAUCAUCCUCAUCCUCAUCCUCAUCUUCAUCGUCCUCCAUCUCAACCCCUAUAUCAAACAAUAUCAAAGCAGCAGAUGUUUCAAUUCCACAAGAACUCUUAGAAUCAAUAGACACUGAAACAAGUGAAAUCGUGGUAUCUCAAAAUGACUCUGAGGAAGAAACACCUGCAGAGAGUUUAGUUGAGGCAAAGGUAUCAUUACCAGAAGUAUCAUCCUCUUCAUUAAUAUCCUCAGAGUUAAUUCCGUCAGAAUUAACUUUCUCUGAAGUACCUUCUACUGAAUCUUCAUCAACUUUAUUAUCAUUGGAUUUAGCGCCAUCAGAGCCAUCAGAGUUACCACAAUUAGAGUUAAUAUCAUCCGAGUUAACAUCAUCUGAGUUAAUGCCAUCAGCAUUAUCAUCAUUGGCAUUAACAUCAUCAGAGUUAACACCAUCAGAGUUGACAGAAUCAAAAUCAACUGAUUCAGAGUUUUCAGAAUCAAAGUCACUAGAGUCAUCAUCUUCAGUGUCAAUACCAUCAGUUUUAUCUGAAACAGAGUUUAGCAAAUCAGAAGAUGUUUCAGACAAUAACUCUCCUCACAAAAGUUCCGAUGUUGAUAAUGAAGAUUCUUAUAACGAUUCUGAACAAUUCAAUACUUUUGAAGAUCUGGAAGGUUUGACUGGAAUAUCAGAGCGAAGACGACGUAAAACAGAAAAUCCAGAAGCAGUUUCAGAACCAGCAAAUCCCUCAAGAGAUGAGAUGUGCAGUUCUAUGGUAGUAACUGUAACUGCAACUACAACUAUUACAGCAACUGUUUUUCAGUGAUAGUUCCAUAACUGUAACAUUAUCAUCUUAACACGACUGUUACAGCUACUGGUUAUCAGUGAUUAUUCGUAACCGUAACAUUAUCAUUGUAACACGACUGUGACAGCUACUGGUUAUCAGUGAUUAUUCGUAACCGUAACAUUAUCAUCGUAACAUGACUGUGUCAGCUACUGUCUAUUAGUGAUCGGUUACUGUAACGUUAUCAUCGGAACACUUUAUCGUGAUGAAGGAGAUGUAAUUAUGACAGCACACACUAUAGGAACAGUUACAAUUGUAUCAGUGCUUAUUGCAGUGAAAUGGUAUCGAGUCUUUGCCACAAACUCAAUUUUAUAACACCUAUAUCUUUGUAACCUGAUUAUUUAAACUUUGGAUUUAAAG